AUGAGGCCCUUGUUUCAGCGUUUCCCAUUCUUACAUAUACCACGCAGGUGGGUAUCACAAUCCUCCAGAUCUGCUCCAGUAAGGAGUUGGAAAGAAACCGUCUCCAAAAAUAAGAAGAAGACUUUGUUUGGUGCAAGUCUGGCGUCGGGAGUGUUGUUAUAUGACAGCGACGGUGCUGUCCAUAAUUUUGUUGAUCAUGUCUAUUUCACUAGUGAGCGUGCUGGGGUAGUAGCGAAGGCUACAGCAAGAUGUUUUUAUUAUUAUAAGAAGACAUUAGAUGACCCUUAUCCGGAUGAAGAAUCUAGAAAGGAAGCAUUAUCAAAAUGUCACAGCCAAUGUGCACUUAUUACAUUGGACGCUUUAAGAACUAAUGGAGGGAUCUUUAUUAAAUUUGGUCAACACAUCGGUGCAAUGACAUAUUUAUUACCAAUGGAAUGGACAGAGACUAUGAUUCCAUUACAGGACCAAUGUCCUGAAUCUUCUAUAGAGUCGAUCAAUGAGAUGUUUAUUAGUGACACAGGUAAAUCUAUCGCCGAGACAUUUAGUGAAUUUAAUGACGUACCUAUCGGUGUAGCGUCUUUAGCACAAGUUUAUAUUGCGAAGUUGAGGUCAACGGGACAAAAUGUUGCAGUGAAAUGUCAACACCCAGAAUUAAAAGAAUUUAUUCCUGUGGAUGUCAUCUUAACAAAGACGGUAUUUUCAUUAAUGGAUAGGGUGUUUCCAGAAUAUCCCUUAAUGUGGCUCGGUGAUGAAUUACAAUCUUCGAUAUACACAGAAUUAGAUUUUAAUAAAGAAGCAGAAAAUGCAAUUAAUACCCAGAGUUAUUUCAAGAAAUUUACUAAGAUGACAGCACUAAAAGUGCCAGAUGUUAUCGAGGCACAUCAAAGAAUUCUGAUUAUGGAAUAUGUCGAAGGUAAAAGACUGGAUAAUAUAGAGUUUAUUGAUAGCAACCGUAUAUCAAGGGUUGAAGUAUCGUCAUGUUUGUCACAUAUAUUUAGUAACAUGAUCUUUACACCAAAUGUUGGUCUACAUUGUGAUCCUCAUGGGGGUAAUUUAGCCAUUAGACCCGUGACUCCAACGAGUAACAACCCUCAUAAUUUUGAAAUUAUUUUAUUUGAUCAUGGUUUAUAUAGGUUCCCAGAGACACAAAUGAGAAGAGAUUAUGCGAGAUUUUGGUUAGCAUUAUUAGAUCAAGAUCAAGACAAGAUGCGUUUUUAUGCUAAACGGUUUGCUAAUAUUAACGAUGAACAAUUCCCAUUAUUUGCCGCUGCCAUUACGGGUCGUAGUAUAGAUGUGGCGUUACAUUAUGAUAUCAGCACUCGAAGAAGUAAAGAGGAAAUCAGUUCGAUGACAUCUCGUUUCAUGGAUGGAGAGUUUUUACCGGACUUAAUGAGUAUCUUAUCUCGAAUCCCUAGAAUUGUAUUACUGAUUCUUAAGACAAAUGAUCUGACUAGAUAUUUGGAUGAAUCGUUGCAUAAUCCGCUGGGUCCCGAACGCACUUUUUUAAUUAUGACCCAGUAUUGUUCAAAGACUGUCUAUGGAGAGGAUUGUGAACAGAACGACAACAUUAAUGGUCGUUGGACCCUAAGAUGGACGCUCACUUAUAUUAUGAAUUGGAUACGUUACGAAAGACGCCGUAACCAGUUAUUCUUGUACGACACCAUUCUAUGGUACCAUCAGUUUAUCUCCCGCAUGUGGAACGUUCUCUAG